AGAAUAAUAACUUUAGAGUUUUAGGUCCUGCAAUUUGAACCCCCGAGUGGUGUCAAAAUCAUAAAAUUGAUAACUAGUUAAACUCGCAUUCAAAAUAAAUAAUAAAUGAUGAAUAUUAUGAGAUGUAAUAAUACAAUCGUUUCAGAAACAUGCCCAGCUGGGCAGUAUAAAACUUGCAGCAUGAUAACAUGUGAACUGUGCCCUCCGGGAACGUUCAGAUCAGCUGACAUGGAUGCAACCAAGUGUGUCUCUUGUACGGGAAACAUGAUUAGUCCUAUAGAGGGAGCUAUUUUCUGUAGACAAUGUGAUGAUAAUAUAUUGGCAAACUCAGAUAAAACUCAAUGUGGUAUGUGAGGAAUAAUAUAGAAAGUGUCUAUCACGGUUUAAGUCGUUUAAAAUAGUAGUUUCGUCUUAGAUUUAGAUUUUUAAAUUAGUACUAAACGUAUGUUCUAAGUUUUUGUUAUCAGUACUAAAGCAAUUCGGCAACUGAAAUUUAUUGAAAUAGUUAAUUCAAACCAACAGAUGGGCUUUUGAAUAACUAUGACGUGUAAAAAGUGCAAAGCUUAUAAACUAUGCAACUACAAUAAAAAGUCAAUAAUUUCAGAGAUCUGUGCACCUGGGUGGUAUUCUCGCAAUGGAGGAAAAGAGCCUAGCUGCCUGAGAUGUGAUCCCUCUGAAUACCAACCAUAUCCUCAACAAACCCGAUGUUUAGCCUGCGCUGGAUCUGUCAAUAGGGAAAAGACAGCUUGCUUGCCUGUAAGUGCCAAUGUCAGGUGUGGGCCUAUUUCCAUCACACUACCGUGGUUGAAUAAGGGAUCACCUAUAGAAUUUGAAGAAACCUGGGCAGGAAACAGAAGCUCAGUUAACUGUCCUGGAGGUUCAUACAAGAAACUUUACAAAGAGUGCACUGUAGAAGGAUAUUGGGAUGAUAACACUGACACCGAUGAAUGUGAUUCCCCACUGUCAUCUUGCUUGCAAUCAGUACUUGAAGUUGAAAGUGACUUGAAUGCAGACAAAGUACACGAUCUCAACAAGGAACUGAACUGUGUUGCUGAUGCGGGAGCAGAAAUUAUACUGUCCCCCAGAGACACUCAUGAAAUUGUUGAUCUUCUUUCGAAAUUAACCAAACAUCCUACUUCUGAGGUGAACGAGCUAAGUUUGGUCAUGAUAAGGUCAAUGGAAAAUUUGAGGAGGGGAGAAUCUAAAUUUUUGAAGGAAUCGGAGAAAUCAGAGAUAAUAAAGAUUUUGGAAACUGUGUCCAAGUCCAAUACAGAAGAUAACAUAAUAACAACCGACUCGAUUGUAUUGCAAUCAGUCACUCCGACCAUGUCUAAAGAAAAACCUGCCAUUAACCUGACAGCUCCUGAAACUGUCCCAGCAGACGAUCUUCCCAUCAUGCUAGAUUUCGGAAACCAACGAGGACAAAAAAUAAAUGUGGCGGUCAUGGAUGAAUCCUAUAAAAAAAUGCUGCCGAAACCAACAACUCCAAAUAGCACUUUGGGCUCUCCAAUAGUCUCAAUCAUCUUUUUAGACAGUGAAAUAAUAGACGGCUACAACUUUUCACUGGUCUUCCAGCAAAAGAAGGAUUCAACUAUCUCUGGGGAUAACAUCAAAAGAACAUGUGUAUAUCUUGACGUAGUAACGGAUGAAUGGCUGACUGAGGGUUGCACAACUAUUCUAAAUGAAGACAAAACCUGCAUGUGCACCUGUACUCAUACAACAAGCUUUGCAGUGUUGCUAAGUCCAACAGAAGUGACAGAUCCAGCCCAGGAUAUCUUCAGCUACUUUAUGUCUGCAGUAAACCUUAUCUUCCUGUUCCUUACUCUUGGCCUGAUUCUUCCGUUCAAAAAGCUGCGACAGAAGCAGGCCACUCUGAUCCAACUCAAUCUUAUACUGGCUCUGAUAUUGGCUAACCUGUCCUUUACCUCCCUUUCUGCCUCUACCAAAAUAACUGUGGACCAAUCUGGGAACCCUCUAUUGUCAUUAAACAAAGGAUGUGUUGCAGGUGUGAUCAUUACCCAAUACUUCUUUCUGUCUGCUCUUUCUUGGAUGGGAUGCUGUGCUUGGAACUUCUUUGGAAAGAUAGUUAAUGCUAUAAAGACCUUCGGAAAUAAAGACAAGUUUCUCUUCCACAAGUGUGUAGCUGUAAGUUGGUUACUACCACUGAUAUUUCCAGUUGCAGCCUUCUUGACGUCACUCACACUGAAUAAGGACGACUACUCUACACCUUAUGUUGGGGCAACAAGAAAGAAUGACACGAGCUGCUGGGUUGAAGAUCCUUGGAGGUAUGUUGGGUUCAUGGUGCCUGCAUACACAAUUCUUCUCUUCAACUGUGUCUGCUUUGGAAUGAUAGCUAGAGUAAUUAUCCGAGCAGCAAAUUCUGGAAGUGGAAUUUCUAGUAUAGAAAAAACAGCUAAAGCAUUGAUGAUAGUUGCAGUCUCAAUUGGGUGUCCUUGGAUUGUGAUUGCCCUUGCAGUUGGUCCUGGAGCUGUGUUCAUGCAGUACUUGUUCAUUCUUCUAACAGGACUACAAGGACCUCUCCUUUUUACUGCUUUGGUCGUGUUCCAAGAAGAUGUCAAAGACAACACACUUGCUUUAUUGAGAAUAAAACAGUCUAAGAAAGAGGAGGGGAAAAAGAAUGUCAGCAUUACUCAAGCUUCUGUUGUCAAUUCUAAUGCUUAUGCAAAUUCUUCUCAAGGAGCUGAAGCAGCUGUUGCCGAGAAAAAAGAUGGAAGAAAAGAGGAAGAUAUAAUAUAUGAAGAUGUCGAAGAAUGUGAGAUAGCAAGGAUAGAGAAAGGAUCUGACGAGAUUGAAUCGGAGGAGAAAGAAAACCAGGAUGAUGGAAAAAACUCCCCAAAUCUAGUAUAAGUAUAACUAUGAACUAAGAAACCAGUAAUAACCUAGAAAAGGAAAUGGUUUGCUGGUAGGACAGUAAACUUCAUAACUUAAGUGUAGUGAGUGAAUCAGACAAUUUUCGUCAACAGCAGAUUCUUAGAACUUAUUAUGAGUAUUUAUAUAGUUGAAGUAACCAAAAUCUGCCUCUGUUUGUAGAAUAUUAAUGUAAAAGCAGUCUGUAGAGUGUAGACAAUAGACAUUGUGAAAUAUUUUUGGAUUAUUUACUGCACAUAUUUGCACAUAUUUUUGAACCCUGAUAUUGAACACGAAAAACAAUUAAAAAGUUAAUAUUAAUGCAUUACAGUGGAAUGCAACGUAUGUCAAUAUGAUAUUAUAUGGAUGCGGAUGCUUUAUAUUAUUUCAUAUGAAAUAUGUUUACCUGGGGACCCCAGGCUAAUAUGUUCAUAAACAUAAAGAUUCGGCGGAAUGACAGGCUGAGCGCCGCCCAGUAAGAAAUAUGUCUAUAACUUUUUUGAUUAU